AUGAAAGGAAACUCAGGGAAGCUACCAUCAACAGUCCAUAUGCCCGACAAGGCGAAUGUGAGCAAGGUCACACUGCGGUCCGGUACUACCUAUGAAGGACCUCAACUGAAGAGGACCGACGGAGAACCUGGUUGGACGAAGAAGAUGGGGAGCGAUGCCAUUUCAGCAGAAGAAUUAGGGAGACCCAUGCCUCAGAUGCAAGACCCAUUCUUCUUGAAUGUUACACCAAGUGCAAGAGGCGAACCUGACAUCAUACUGGCCAGGAAGAAACCCCCUCAGGAGAAAGAUCCCAGGACGGAGGCCCAAACCCAAGAGCUGCAAAAGAAAGACUCCAAGAAGGUUGCUAAGGAACCAGUAGAGGAGGAAAGAGGCGAAAAACCGUUUCCAUUCCGAGUCAACCGGAGGGAAGAAGACACUGCACCGUUGGCUGAGGGUCUGGACCUCGCAAUGGGGGCAGUAGGAGAAAGAGAGAAAGCCACAUCAGAAACCAUACCAGAGGACCGACCUUCCCAGUCAGUAAGAGGGGAAAGGAAAGUACCGAAUGAAGAGAAGGAACCAAUAGAUCCCCUAGUGGAAGCUGGGGAUGAUAGACUUCCAGUAGAAGAAGAGGAACCAACAGGGGAGACCAAAGUACCGGAAGCGGUGGCACCCCCAGUCUUAAGACCGAAACCAGUAAAGCGGAGUUUGAUUCCGAUGACAAAGUGGAAGUCUCAGCGAUGCUUGGGCAAAAGGGCAGCAAGUACAGCCCAAGAAAGCACAACCGAGAACCCGAUAGAGAUCGUAAGCGAGGAUGAACAAGCCACUCCAAAGAAGGCUGAAGGUGAACCUGUUCAAGCUACUGAUCAGGAAGACGCAGUGGUGUCUCCAGUACAGGACGAACCAGACACGGCAACCGAAGGGAUGGUGGAAGGUCCGAACCUCACACCCGUGUUAGGAGGGCCUGAUGAAUCUGAAAAGGACGAGGCCUUACUCAAGAGGCAAGAGGGGGUGGAAAAAGCUGUGGAGGACAUAGCGGAGGAGAACAGACAAUUGAAGACAGAGAUGAUCGGGUUGACACAGAAUCAGGAGCAGCGUCAAGAGAAGAUCGAGAAAGCGAUGGAAGAGGUGAAAGAAGAAAAUCAACAAUUGAAAACGGAGGUGAUGAAAUUAGCAGCAGUGAUGGCCAGAUUGUUGAAGGAGUCUGCGGAGCAGACGAGACAGAGUCAGAGGCAAAAAGCUUUGGAGACGAUUGUUACCAGGCUUGGAGAUGAGAACCAGAGAUUGAUAACGGAGAUGGGCAGAAUGGCAUCCGUGAUAGAUGCGUUAUUGGAGGAAGUAACCAGCCAGAGGAAGGAACCAGCCACGAGAGACAGGGGCCGUGAAGCCCAGCAUGACGCACCGAGUGGCCAUGGAGACCAGGAUGAGGGAGCGCAAGAACCAGAGACAGAGAACGCCGAGGUGCCGGCAGAGGCCGAGGAGCCGGCGAAAGAUGAUGAGAACCGCAGUGGAACCGAGAAGGACCAGCCGACGGAACAACCCGCACCACCUGCACUGCGAAGGAGCAGACGACUUCGCUAG